AUGGUGUGCGAGCGAGCCAUCGCGUCUCCAACUGAACGUCCGGACGACCCAAUGGACGGAAGACGCCGCACAGCAAGUGAAGACUCGGAUCUCGAUGACGAAAUGAUGCGCGUCGACGCCUUGGACUACGGGUGGAGACGUCACAUCCGCGCAGGUGAUCAAGUGGACGCUCAGAACGUCUUUGGCAAUUGGUGUCCAGCCAGAGUGCUGCAAGUCGUCGAUGGAGAAGUGCUGCUGCAGUUUUUCAACAUGCACGAGACUUGGCGACAGUGGCUUCAGCUGGAUUCCGGCCGCCUCGCACAGCUCGGAAGAAAGGCACGAAGUGACAGCGUGCCGGUUCGACAAGCCCAGCAGGUGGAAGUACGUCCUGGUGGGGAGAAUAGUAGUCUGUGGAAGGAAGCUUUUGCAGUGCGAACACUUGGAGGGAAAAUGUUGGUGCGCUAUGCUGGACGCGACCAGAAUUUUGACGAGUGGAUUCGCUUCACCCCGGCAACGGUGGCACCUGCUGGCGACCAUCUGCAAUCCCGCGGACGUAGUAGUGCGCUGAAACAGAGAAAAAUGGCCGUGCACGCACCAAACGUGACACAUCGUCGCGUUAUUCAAGCGCAGAACCCGAGAUUUACACACUACCGAGAUUCGCUGCAGCGUACCUUGGGCCUGCACAUUUAUGAUAUCGAAGGAGAUGGCAAUUGUCUGUUCCGCUCGGUGAGUCACCAAAUAUAUGGCGAAGAUCGUCAUCAUGCUCUGGUACGUGCGGCUUGCAUGGACUACAUGGAAAGCGAGAAAGAGUACUUUGAGCCGUACGUGGUAGGCGACAUGGCAGCGUUCAUGCGCUACUUGCACCAUAAGAGGCGUGAUGGUGUCUGGGGCGACGAUCCGGAGCUGCAGGCUUUGUGCGAACUGUACGACCGUCCUGCUGAAGUUUUUGCUUACGAUCCACUGCUGGGAUUUCGAAAGCUGCGCUGCCUUCACGAAAACAGUUCUCUCUGUCGCAGUAGACCUCCUAUUCGGCUUAGCUACUACGGAGGAGGUCACUACGAUUCACUUACUGGACCCGAUCAUCAAGCGAAUCUAAUCUGCGAGGUCCCAGGCCAGUGGGAGCAGCGGCAUAUCGGGUACUCGCGCCGUAUCAAUUCACGUGAUACACGAGAUGAUGCCACCGGCGUACAACUACAGGUGCAUGCCCAAUCUGACCGUGAGUGCACAGAAGUGGAGCAGUUGGAGCAUAUUCUCAUGCUAUCACGGAAUGAGUUUGACGCGAUAGACACCAGCUUAGAGGAGACACUGAAGCUGUCGCUUUCAGAGCACGGCGGUGAGGCUUCGCCAGCACAAACACAGGCACACCGAGAGUCAGAAGCGAUCAAAGAAGCUACACGAGAAAGUGAAGUAGUUGCAAUCCAGGCUGAGCUGUUGGCAAAAGCAAAGGCUGAGUCGGAGGAAGAGCAGGUGAAGGCUGCGAUUCAAGCGUCGUUAGGUGCAGGUGCAUUGGCUAGUGAAGGCGACUUUGAUGCACAAAUGUCAGCUGCAAUCCGAGUGUCUCUAGGUGGCGCGGGAGCAUGCGUUGCGGCGACAGAAGGAAACGGUAAUUACGAUGAGCAGUUGCGUCGUGCUAUGGAGCUGUCAGGCCGGGAGUAUGCUUACCGACCGCAGGUGUUUGGACUGCAUGAUGAUGAAACAACAAACACGGAUGAGAUGGACGAGCUUCAACGAGCAAUCCAAGCCUCACUGGAACAAUCCUGA